UGGCAAUGCCAGUGAUUGUAAGGAUGAUUGUAAUUAAUGUCAGUAGAAGUAUUUGAAGAAAAUGUUUGUUGUUGUUGCAGGCCCAACACUGGCAUGAGGUGCAAUACAUCCUGGCAUUUUAAUGCCAGUUUGAUUGAGGACUUAAUACCAGAAAUGGAAAAAUACUGGCCGGAUCUGCUAGCACCUUCUUCCCCAAAAUUUUGGCAAUAUGAAUGGAUAAAACAUGGAACCUGUGCUGCAAAAGCUGAUUCUCUAAACAGUCAACACAAAUACUUUAGCAAAGCUCUCGAGCUAAACCUUAAGUAUGACCUUAAUAGUGUUUUAAAGAACAACAAAAUCGUCCCCUCUGAGGAGUACUACACACUGGAUCAGGUGGAGACAGCCAUUACCAGCUUUUUCGGGGUGAAGCCUAAGAUUCAGUGCGUCCAUCCAGGAAAGGGAGGCCAGGUUCAGACUUUGGGCCAAAUAGAGCUCUGCGUUGACAGGGAUUUCCAGCUGAUCGAUUGCGAAAAGUCAACCAAAGAAAUCUGGAGCAAUGCCAUCCCCGAAGUGCUUGUCGGUGGCCAGUCAGAUCUCAGUGUGUGUGAUCACUCCGUGCCGGUCUAUUACCCUCCAGUGCCCAGCAGAUCAUAGAGGUGGGCAACACCAGACCUCGUGUGGGAUCACUGAGCAAGAGAAGACAAGAAUUCAUUCUGUAUUUGAAACCGUGUUGAAAUCUUUCCUGAUUACACUAUCUUUUUAAGCAAUUGCACAUUCAAUUCCUU